CCAGCAGGUUGCGUUGCGCCCUUCUCGGUUUAGCUAGUUCCUGGUCUGAUUUAGGCCCAGGCUCGGCGAAACGGGGGAGGGGCGAGAGUUAGAGUGCUGCUGCUGCUGGCGAGUGACUACUUGGCGGGAGAGGGAAGAAGGGACCGGAGUCAACGCGAGGGGGGGGAGGGAGGAGGGAUGUUGUCCGAAGUGUAACUGCAGCGCCGCCGCCGCCGCGACCCUCCUCGCCAUGAUCAUAGAGAACGUGGACGCGCUCAAGUCCUGGCUGGCCAAGUUAUUGGAGCCGAUAUGUGAUGCUGAUCCAUCAGCCUUGGCUAACUAUGUUGUUGCACUGGUCAAAAAAGACAAGCCAGAAAAAGAACUAAAGGCUUUCUGUGCUGAUCAGCUAGAUGUAUUUCUGCAAAAAGAAACAUCGGGUUUUGUUGACAAACUAUUUGAAAGCCUAUAUACUAAGGAUUACCUAGUUCCUAAUGAACCAGUAAAACCAGAUCUGAAAACUAAUCAAGGAAAAGAAGAAAUCAAAGAGGAAGCAAUGAUGCUAAAUACUGUGUUAAAGAAGGUUAUUCCCAUUUCAGAGACAUUUCAGGAAUCUUUUGAAGAAGACAGAGAGAACAAAAAGAAGAAAUACAUAGCCACAGAAAACGUUCAGAUUCUAACGAGCAAAGGUUUACCCAGAGAAAGAAAAAGAGAUGAUGGCAAAUGGAGAGACUACGAUAGAUACUAUGAUAGGAAUGACUUAUAUAGAGACAAAUAUGACUGGCGAAGGGGAAGAAGUAAGAGUCGUAGUAGCAGAGGGUUAAGCCGAAGUCGGAGCCGCAGUAAGUAGAGGCCAAAAAGCAAAGACCAAGAUGCAAACAAAGACAGGGAUGCUGAUCACAGAGAUCGAGCAAAUUCAAGUGUGAAAGAUAGUGACAUGGACAGUUCAUACAACCCUGUGUCUUUGUCUUCCAUAAACUCAGCUGAACAGUAUUCCACCGGAGCCCAAUGUAUUCCUAGUGCUGUCACUGUGAUUGCACCAGCUCACCAUCCUGAAAACACAACAGAAAGCUGGUCAAAUUACUAUGGCAAUCAUUCCGCCACCUAAUUCAUUUGGCAGGAAGUUCCACCAAAAAGGCGGUGUCGAGAUUAUGAUGAACGAGGAUUUUGCGUUCUUGGUGAUCUUUGUCAGUUCGAUCAUGGAAAUGACCCACUAGUUGUAGAUGAAGUAUCUCUGCCAAGCAUGAUUCCUUUCCCACCACCACCUCCGGGACUUCCUCCUCCACCUGGAAUGCUAAUGCCCCCAACCCAAGGUCCAACCCACAACAUGAGAAUGCCAGGCCCACAUUUACAUCGGCCGCCGCCACUCGUUAGAAUCCCUAUACCAAGACCUCCUUCAUCUCAAUCCAGUUUAAUUAAUAGCCGUGACCAGCCAGGAACAACUACAGUGCCCAGCCUUGCACCAAUGGGAGCAAGGCUACCUCCUCCACUACCCCAAAGCCUACUGUAUUCAGUAUCAGAACGUAAGCAAAUAUUAUUUUCUGCAUCUCACAUAAUAUAUUUGUUUUUAAAUAAAAAGGAAAUAUCUUUCUCUCUCUCUCCCUCUCUCCCUCCUUCUUUCUUAAUAGAUACAUAUGAACCAGAUGGCUAUAAUCCCAGAAGCUCUAGUACUAGUACUGGUAGAUCUCAGUAUCGACAGUUCUUUUCAAGGACUCCAAUGCAACGUCCAAAUCUUAUUGGCCUAACAUCUGGUGAAAUGGACACAAAUCCAAGAGCUGCUAAUAUCAUACAGACCGAACCGCCAAUUGGAAUUGCAAGUAACAACAGUAAUGUAUCCAGAGUGGUGCUUGAGCCAGACAACAGGAAGAGAAUUCUGAAUGCUAUAGAAGGACCAUCUCCAAAGAAACCGUGGAUUGGAAAACAAACUAAUAACCAAAAUAAGCCAGGGUUCCUGAAGAAAAGCCAGUAUACGAAUACUAAAUUGGAAGUUCGUAAAAUACCACCAGAAUUGAACAAUAUUACUCAAUUGAAUGAACAUUUCAGCAAAUUUGGAACAAUUGUCAACAUUCAGGUUGCCUUUAAGAAUGAUCCUGAAGCUGCUCUAAUUCAGUAUUUAAUGAACGAUGAAGCCAGAAAAGCUAUUUCUAGCACGGAGGCAGUGUUGAAGAAUCGGUUUAUACGAGUAUUGUGGCACCGGGAAAGCAACGAGCAGCAGCCCUUGCAACAGCAGCAACCGUCACAGCCGCAGCCACCACAGCUGCAGCAGCAGCAGCUGCCGCCAACACCACCUCUUCAUCAACUGCAUGUGCAGCCACAAAUUCUGGCACAGCCUCCAUCUGUUACAGUGCACAGCAGUAUGCCAAAGGUGGCUAAACCAUUAACUUCAGGUGCCUAUGUCUUUAACAAGGUUCCAGUUAAACAUCGACUUGGAACAACCAGUGGAAAUCAGCCAGAUUCUCAACAUGUAUUACACCAGUCCAAUGCUACUACAGAGGAUAUUCAGAUGUUUCCUUCUUCAACAACACAUACAAAGAUGGUUUACAGUUCUUCCAGUAUGAAGACAGGAAAUAAGUCUGGUACGGGAAAUAAAUCUCAUGAUAUCCAAGAAGUUCUUAAAAAGAAACAGGAGGCAAUGAAAUUGCAACAAGACAUGAGGAAAAAACAGCAGGAAAUGUUGGAGAAACAAAUAGAAUGUCAAAAGAUGCUAAUAUCAAAAUUGGAAAAGAAUAAAACCAUGAAACCAGAGGAAAGAGCAGAGAUCAUGAAGACUCUGAAAGAGCUAACAGGAAAAAUUUCUCAGUUGAAAGAUGAAUUAAAAACUUUCUCUGUUGUUUCUCUAACAUCAAAGCUAAAGUCUAAAACUGAAGCACAAAAAGAACUCUUAGAUGCAGAAUUGGACUUACAUAAAAGAUUGUCUUCUGGGGAAGAUACAACUGAACUGAGAAAAAAACUUAGCCAAUUACAGGUGGAGGCGGCUCGUUUAGGAAUCUUACCUGUUGGUCGGGGAAAAGCAAUGUCAGCUCAAACUAGAGGAAGAGGACGAGGUCGUGGAGGAAGAGGAAGGGGUAUUGUGAAUCACAUGGUAGUGGACCACCGCCCCAAAGCAUUAACAAUUGGAGGCUUUGUGGAAGAAGAGAAAGAUGAAGUGCUGCAACAUUUCUCACAAUUUGGAGAUAUUGAAGGCCUUCAAGAGGAGGAAUCUCCUUUAAGUGUUGUUUUGACAUUUAAAUCCCGCUCUGAAGCUGAAAAUGCUGCCAAUCAAGGUUUAAAGUUUAAAGACCGACGACUUCAUAUAUCAUGGCAUAAACCUAAGUUACCCUCUGUGUCUACAGAAACUGAGGAGGAAGAGCCCAAGGAAGAGGUAUUAGAAUAAUAUUUUAAUAGCUUAACAUCAGAUUUAUUUCUACAUGAAGAUGAUGAUGAUGAAGAUGAAGAUGAAGAUGAAUCCCGCUCUUGGAGAAGAUGA